AUGACACGUGCAGCCUUCAUAGAAGGCAUUUUUAAGGAGACCAAUGAGGAGAACAUUAAGCAGCUCGGCGUGACUGCUCUCGACUCGAAGCUGAUUAUGCUCGAGAACUAUUGGGCUAAGCUGGAAGCUUCUCAUGAGAAACUAGUUUCUCAAAAAAUCGAGAACUUGACCUCUCUCGAUUAUUCUAAUCGUCAGGUCUUUGAUUCAGCUCUUAAGAUUUUCGCCUCUGCUAAGGUGGCGCUGCUGCAGCUCUUGGAGAAGAAAGGCGCUCCAAACCUAAACCAGUCACUAUGUGGGACUGGAGAAGCUCAAUCGUCCAGCUCAACUAGACGUGCUCUGCCUGAGAUCGCAUUGCCAAAAUUCUCAGGGAUUUACCAGGAGUGGAGGCCAUGGAGAGAUCUUUUUCAAUCGCUGGUCGGCAACCAUCAAGACAUUCCAGGGAUCGAGAGAAUGCAUUACCUCCGCCUCUGUCUCUCUGGUGAACCUCUUAAGCUCAUCUCCAACUUGCCAGUUUCUGAGAAUUCUUUCCGUAUUGCCUGGAGAACUCUAGUGGAUCGCUAUGAGAAUAAGCGUUUACUCAUUGCAGCUCAUCUUGACCAGCUGUUAAAUCCAGCGCAAAUGAAAUAG